AUACAGUUAUCGUGAGUAAGGUUUUUAAAAAUUUAUUAAAAAAUAAUAUAAGGACUUGGAUAUGAAAAUAUUGAGUUGGAAUUGUAGAGGAAUGGGGAGCAAUUAUACAAUUAGUUAUCUGAGGGAUAUAUGGCAUAAACAUAAACCGGCGUUUCUUUUCUUAUCAGAAACAAAACAACAGUUUGAUUUUGUUCAGAAUUUUCAAUUUCAUUUUGGGUAUAAACACCUACAUACGGUGGAUCCUAUUGGGAGAAGUGGAGGACUGGCUCUUUAUUAUGAUCACGAUUCACCGGUGUCUAUUAUUUAUUCAAGUAAUAGAAUAAUAGAUAUUGAAACCACAUAUAAAGGAAAAACAAUUUUUAUUUCUUUUGUAUAUGGGGACCCCGUUCAGGGUCUUCGAGACCACGUUUGGGAACGUCUUACUCGAAUUGGGAUAAAUAGAGUGGACCCAUGGUUUAUUAUUGGAGAUCUAAAUGAAAUAAGAGGUAAUCAUGAGAAGGAAGGGGGGGUGUUACGACACACGUCCACUUUUGUCGAUUUUAAUAAUAUGAUUGACAAUUGUGGUUUUUUGGAAUUUCCUGCUGUGGGAAAUACUAUGUCAUGGAGUGGGACGAGGAACAAACAAACGGUAAAAUGUAGAUUAGAUCGGGCUUUAGGGAACGUGGAAUGGCACACCCUAUUCCCGUCCGCAUUUGUCGAGUAUUUGGGAAUGGUAGGCUCGGAUCAUAGGCCUAUUGUGACGAAUUUAGAUGAGAAACAAGUAAGAACGAGAAGGCAAUUUCGGUUUGAUAAGAGAUGGAUUGGUAUGGAUGGUCUUAUGGAUUCCAUUUCGAGAGGUUGGUCUACAGGAAGGCCAAGUCAUAAUUCGGGAGUGGUAGAUAGAAUUAUCAACUGUAGACAUGAAAUUUCGGUUUGGAGGAAAAAUAAUCCACCAUAUGGGAAGGAAAAGAUUAAUUCUCUUCAGAAGGCUUUGGAGGACAUUCAGUGUGAUAAUACCAAGACAUAUGAGGAGGUGCUAGAAGUUUCUAGGAAGUUAAAAGAAGCUUAUAGGGAUGAAGAAUUAUACUGGGAACAAAAAAGUCGAACGACUUGGCAUGCAAAAGGGGAUAGAAAUACAAAAUUCUAUCACGCCCUAACUAAGCAGAGACGAAUACAAAAUAAAAUUGUGGGUUUGCACAAUAGUGGUGGUAAUUGGGUAACAUCAGAAUCUGAGGUAGAAGGUGUUGCGAUAGAUUACUUUAAUGACUUGUUCACAACGACAUCACCUUCGGGCUAUGAAGAUUUUCUAAGUGAGGUGCCUACUUUGAUUACAGAGGAUCAAAACAGGUCUUUGACCUCUUGGGCAUCAGAGGAGGAAGUGAAAUCAGCUUUAUUCAUGAUGCAUCCUGAAAAAGCUCCAGGACCGGAUGGAAUGACGGCUUUAUUUUUCCAACAAUCCUGGUCGAUUAUUAGAUCAGAUAUCACAAAUAUGGUUAACGAAUUUUUUAGGACUGGAUAUUUGGAGGAGAGGAUGAAUAUGACCAAUAUUUGCCUCAUCCCAAAGACAGUGCGACCAAGUAGAAUGACGGAAUUGAGGCCAAUUAGUUUAUGUAAUGUGGGUUAUAAGAUUAUUUCGAAGGUGCUUUGCCAACGGCUGAAGAGGCUACUACCACAAUUGGUAUCAGAAACACAAUCCGCUUUUGUUUCUGGGAGACUGAUCUCCGAUAAUAUAUUAAUUGCUCAGGAGAUGUUUCAUGGAUUAAGAACGAAUAAUUCAUGUAAGGAGAAAUUUUUGGCUAUAAAAACAGAUAUGAGCAAAGCAUAUGAUAGGCUUGAAUGGCCUUUUAUUGAGGCGAUGCUAUUAAAGUUGGGUUUCGCACAAAGGUGGGUAUCUCGGAUAAUGUCUUGUAUUACGUCGGUAAAAUAUAAAAUUGUGAUUAAUGGUCAACCAAAAGGACAUAUUAUACCAAACCGAGGACUUCGUCAAGGUGAUCCGUUAUCACCUUAUUUGUUUAUUUUGUGUACUGAGGCAUUAAUAGCAAAUAUACGGAAAAAGGAAGAAAAUAAAUUAUUGACGGGGUUAAAAAUCGCGUGUGGUAGUCCGGCAAUCACACACUUAUUAUUUGCGGAUGAUAGUCUCUUUUUUUGCAAAGCUAAUAGGCAAGAAUGUGAGACUAUCAUACAGAUUUUGAAAGACUAUGAGAGAGCAUCGGGGCAACAAAUUAACUUUCAGAAGUCUUCCAUUCAGUUUGGUCAUAAGGUACCGGAUGUAGCACGUUUAGAGGUGCAACAGGUUUUGGGCAUUACUACAAUUGGUGGUAUGGGAACAUACUUGGGGAUUCCCGAAAGUCUUGGUGGCUCUAAAACACAAGUAUUUGGUUAUCUUAAUGAAAGGGUCAAUAAUAAGGUUAAUAAUUGGACUAUUCGAUUCAUUACGAAAGGAGGAAAGGAAGUUUUAAUUAAAGCAGUAGCAUCCCCUAUGCCAACUCAUGUUAUGUCCUGCUUUCGGUUACCAAAAACGGUUACGAAAAAAAUUACCAGCACGGUUGCUCAUUUUUGGUGGGGUGGUAGUGGUAAUAAAAAAGGUAUGCAUUGGUUUGCAUGGGAUAAAAUGUGCAAAGAUAAACCGGACGGUGGUAUUGGUUUUAGAGAUAUUCAAAAUUUUAAUACGGCAUUAUUAGCAAAACAACUAUGGAGGUUAAUCGAUAAACCUGAUUCUCUUUUUGCAAGAGUUUUUAAAGGAAGAUACUAUAGAAAAUCUGAUCCUUUGGAUCCAAUCAGAUCAUAUUCUCCCUCAUAUGGGUGGAGAAGUAUUACAUCAGCUAGAUCUCUGGUUAAUAAAGGGCUAAUCAAAAGAGUGGGAACUGGUUCAAGCAUUUCAGUCUGGAAUGAUCCUUGGAUCCCUGCUCCUCGCCCGAGGUCAGCAAUACCAAAAUGUUCGAAUCAAUAUUUGAAUCCAUUACUUAAGGUGGAGGAUUUAAUUAAUCCAGUCGAUCUCUCUUGGAAUCUGGAUUUGCUCAAAGUAUAUAUUCACCAGGACGAUGUGGAUAUUAUACGGAGUUUAGCUAUUAGUCGUAACCCAAAACCAGAUUCAUAUGGAUGGCAUUUUACGGACCAUGGUCGAUAUACGGUUAAAUCAGGUUAUCGUACGGAUAAAUUAUUUCCGGAUAUGGGAUCUCAUGAUAGAGUUUUGGGACCAGAUAUUAAGCCACUGUUGGCUCACUCUUGGAAGCUUCAAUGUUCAUCAAAGCUGAAACAUUUUGUUUGGCAGAUACUUUCGGGUAGUCUACCGGUAACCAAGAAUCUUCAUUCACGAGGGAUAAAAUGUGAUGUGAAAUGUCAAAUAUGUGGUGCAGAGGAAGAAUCUAUUAAUCAUGUUCUGUUUGAGUGUCCAUUAGCACUACAAACGUGGGCUUUAUCUAAUAUUCCUUCAUGCCCAGGUGUCUUUCCCACCCCGUCACUUUUCACAAAUAUGGACUAUCUUUUCUGGCGGUUACCUAAGGAACCAGAUUUGAAUUAUUUUCCAUGGAUAUUGUGGUAUAUUUGGAAGAAUAGAAACGCUAAAGUUUUUAAGAAUCAGAUAAAAACCCCUUUUGAUAUUCUUCGAAUGGCGAAAUUAGAAGGUGUUUUGUGGGCUGAAGCCCAGACAAAGGAACCUAUAAACCGUGAAUCUCUACAUAUUGCAGAGACCCAUUUUCCACAUGGAGUUAACAAGUGUUAUAUAGAUGGAGCAUGGAAGGAACAUGAUCUUUAUACAGGGCAGAGAUGGGUCUACAGAAAAGAUGGAUCAAAUGAUACUAUGAUGGGUGCAAUGUCUAUUCGCAGGAGUCUAUCACCUUUACAUGCUGAAUGUGAAGCGUUGAUAUGGGCGAUGGAGUGCGUGAAGACCCUACAAAUCUCAGAGGUGGUGUUUGCAACAGACUGUUCUCAAUUGGUGAAGAUGGUGUCUACACCGACAGAAUGGCCGGCGUUCACUACACACAUGGAGGAGUUUCUGCGUUGUAAGGAAUUCUUUCUCAACUUUACUAUCCAGCAUAUACCAAGGGCGCAAAAUACUCUGGCGGACAAGCUGGCACGAGGUGCUAGAACUUCGCCAUCUGCUAUGGUUUAUGUUGACUCAGUUCCUCCGAGGUGGCUCUCGGAUCAGGAAUCUUCUUAGUUUCUUAGCCUUUUGUCGUAAAAAAAAAAAUCUAAUACAAACAAAUUUAAAGCUUAUUUUGCUACAGCCACUACAUUGACAAUUCGAGGGGUGAAAUGCAAAGACAAAAGUUUAAAUAAACAAGAGAAAUAAAAGAUAUCUGAAUAACUAGAUUGUUUUGCAAUUGUUGUCACCAAUUGUAAUGAGUCUCUAUCUUGAAAUGUAAGGUUAUAGAAUGCUUUAUAGUUCUAAACGCUAGUCCAUCAGCCAUAAUAAGUGAUCUUUCGAAAAGUAUCAGCUGGAUUUGGUAUAUGAAAGAUCCAUUCCGAUCAAAUAAUGUCCAUUGCUUUCAAGUGGCCUCUCCAGGCCUUAUCAGACUUUCAGAUCACAACAUCUUCCUCACUCGAAGACUAAUGUUUUCAAUCAGAGUUUUGGAGUUUAUACUGGUUGAACUUCCGGUCAUCUUUGGCUUCUAAUAUAACUUUCGAUAUUGUUUUUUUCCUCCAAAAAAACUUGCAUUAAAUGUUUGGUUAUUUAUUUUUGUCCACAAAUUAUAACAAAUGAACAGUGCAAGAGGCCCCAUUAUUGUCCCUCCAGAGGCAGGCUGAUAUCCAAAAUCACCACUUGAAUUAAUAAUAUGAUUAUUUCUACCAAAAUGGAUGACAAUCUAAAUGGAUGUAUGAGUGUGAAACCGGUAGAUGUUUAAACAAAUGCAAUUAGUCAAUUAGAUUUCUAAUCCAUUGGUUAGCUGCUGAAUUGCACUAUCUGAUUGGUAAAAAAAAUUUCUUAAGAAAAUAUCUUUUUAAUUGGUACUACAAAUAAUAACUUUUAGGUAUCUGAUUAGCAAGUAGUUUUUUCUUAAACAUUGGUUUAAUAUACAUAUAAUCAUAUUAACAAGUUCCAAAGAAAAUCAAUAUGUCAAUCAAGAAGUAACUAAAUGGAGACAAUGAAGACGAAUAGGGUGAGCUAGAGAAACAAAGGUUGGUCCUUUGCAAAUGGACAACAUGUGCACUUCAUGUGUGCUCUAAUCCUCCAUUGUCAUAUACUAUAAUCUUGUUUCCACCUUCUCUUCUAUUAUCUUUCUGUACUUUUUAUCUAUCAUUAUUGUACUUUUUUUUCCUGCUAAAAAUCAUUAUUGUAGUUUCUUACUAUCUAAAUUAUUAUUUAACCUCAAUACGAAAAAUGCAAUACGGUAGUAGCUACAGUUUCAAAGCUCCAUCUCAUAUUCUCAUUCACGUCUCUAUGACAUCUAGCGAAUGACUAUAAAGUAUCUGAAACGACCUUAUUGUUUUUGGUGAAUACAUAAGUAUAUAUAUGUCCCUAUCUAAAUGUGUUUUCUUUACUGAUUGAUUGGACGAACUAAUCCAAGGGCUUAUCAUCAUCCACCGCGAAAACGAUUUUUAAUCUUUACAUUCAAGUAAGGAUAAAUAUUUCACUUACGUGUCUUUUAAAAAGAUUUCAGAUCUGUCUACAAAUAAUAUACAUACGCAAUAUGAUUUCACUUGUAGAUACUAGAAGUUGGAUUUUAUUAUAUAAUAUAAGCAAACAAAUGUAACUAGUUUAAGGCUCAACUAAUUUUCUACGAACCUGAAUUUAUGAGAAAAGAAUGCCUGAUGCACUACAAAAUACUGUACAGAACAUUAAUAUAAUCGACCGUAUGUGAGAUAUCUAUCAGCACAUGCAUGUGAGCAUGACUUUUGUGAUUGUGAAAUGUGGUAGGACAGGGCAUUUUUGUGUUAUAAGUCAUAAGAAAGGUAACAAUGAACAAAAAUAAAAGGCUGUUUAGGUUUUCAAUUAAGUACAAAGCCUAUAAAAGAAAAUAUAUCAAUUUCAUUCAUUCUGAAACUGCUAACUUUGUCAAAACAAAACGAAAGAAGAAUAUAUAUAUAUAUAUAUAUGGGGUUAUUCAAAAUAUUAAUUAAGUAUUUUAUCCAAAAUUAUCAACUCAUUUGGUUUUAUGAGAAGAUUAGCAUGAUGUUUACCCCUGAUUAAACCAAGCAGUGGUAAUCUAGUGGUAAUUAUUUGGAGUUUGGACUGUAUCCAUAUCAGUUUUGAGUUUGAUUCUUGUUGAAAAAUAAAUUAUCAUUGUUGGGUCUGUUUCAGAUGUGGAUUUCGGCUUAAAUGGUUAACAUGGUGAAAUAUAACAUAUGAUCUUCAAGCUCUUGGCAUUAGUCAAAAAACAUUCUAAACUCGGAUCACAUAAUAUAGUAUCUAGUCCAUUUUAUAGCCGUAAGUGGGUUCCUUCCAAAGAUGAACAGAUCAGACGAUAGAAUAUAUAUAUUAAAAAUGCUUACACUGGUUAUAUAUAUAUAUAUCGAGUAGUCACCAUCAAUUUAAUCAAAAUCUAUUCUUAUUUAAAUUAUUUAUUUAAAUAGUUUUUUUAGUCAUAUAUAUAUUUUUGUUUUUUUUGGCAAAUUAAUGAUUAAAAUAUUAAAAUAACUAAGCAUCUAAAAAAUAAAAAUUAAGUUAAGAAGUCAUAUCCAUUGCUACAAAUGGCUUAAAAUGAUCUAAGUGCAACAGUUUACUAAUCCCCUUACCAGGUUCUCGCUUUUAUUCAAGAGAAGGCCGGCUAAUGCUUAUUUCAGAACAAUUUUUUUUAUUAGUUGUUAUCAUAUUUUCGACAAUUUUAUAAGUACACUACAUUUUCGUUCGUAUUAAUUCCUUUGUAAUUUAUUUGAAGAUUAAGAAGUAUAUAUAUAUCGUUUCAGAAAUUCUUUGAAAACAUAUUACUCCAUUUGAAUUCCAAUCUGGUUUUGAUUGGAGAAGCUUAGAGAGGUAAGUUGAAAGAAGAGAGUUUUAAAUGGCUAUUCCUCUCUCUCUGAAACUUUAUUUCUGUAGUGUUUUGAUUAUUUUUUUUAAUUGUUUUCUUUAAAAUUCUUUUGAGUCUUUUUUAUUUGGUUGUUUCGACAAUUGUUUUUUUUUAAUGACGGUAUUUUUUUCUUCUCUUUUUCGCUUUCUCGCCUGUCCAUUUCUAUCUCCCAAUAUGUUUGUGGUCCUUAAGUUAAUGAAGUUGAGCGGAUUCAGGACUAAAUCUACUUUCAUAUCUUAUAUUCGAAUGGUUGCUCGAUGGAGCUUUGGUGCCGUUACGAGGUUAAUUGGUGUGUGGCAUCGAGAAAUCAGAUUUUAGUGUUUUAGUGAAGUGUGGGGGUGAGGUUUUCAGUUUUCUCAAUCUACUUCUCUACCAGCGGUGAGAGUGCGUAGCUGAAGAUGGGUGUCUUCUCUCUCCAAAUCUGAUUUUCUUGGCUUUCAUGCUCUGAUUUUUGGGAGGAGUGGUCCGGAGACGUGGAAACGUUAUUUUGCUCGGUGUCAUGUGGAGGUUGAUCUCUCUUUCUCUGGUCAAGUUAGGCUUCAGAUGUUGUUCCGGAGGCGCAUGUGGAGAGGUUUGGAAGAGCGGAGCCAAGACGUGGCCGCAUUGUAUCUCAUUUUGUUGCUUUACUUCAUAUUUAUUCCGAAGUCAAAACAUUCAUUGAUCUUGGUGUGACUAUCCAAUCAAUAUAAACAAAGUUUUCUAGUGUGAGAUGAGGUGUACAGUUUUUUAUUCCAUAUUUAGUAUUUUUGGUGGUGGUUGAGAGACUCGGAUAAUCUGUUGUUGAUUGGUAUUUUAAAAGGUCUUUCAGGAAUAAUGUCAAAUAAUUAAAAUAGCGCUUUGACAA